GCAGAGUGACGCCACCGUUGCCUUGGUGUCUCUCGGCCUGUACGCCUGCGGCUGCGCACUGACGAUGUAGCGGGUGUCAUGGCGGCGACCCAGAGAGUAAACAGAGCACGGUGCCAUCCAUGGUAACGGGGAAACAGCGGAGGUUCUAGUUGCGUUCCUGCUGGGACUGAAGGCGGUGGUAGCGUACAGAGCCAUGCAGCCAGACAGGAAAACUAAGGAGGACACCUGGAAAGCAGAAGAGCUGAAGAAACACCUAAAGACUAUGCAGUCAGAAGAUCCUAAUAAUAAGAGACCUAAGGAAAGAAGACAUCACAGAGAGGAAUACAGAGAUGAACGUGCAAAACACAGAACAUAUGAAUCCAGUGACAAGACAGAUGAAAAAGAGCGUCACAAGUACCAUGAGAGAGAGAGACCUGCAGACAGAGAGAGGGAUAAAGUUCGAGAACAUCGCAGAGAAAAGGAAAAAGUUUCAGAGACAGACAGGGACAAACAUAAGAUAUCUGAGAGGCACAAGAUUAGGGAGAGAGAACAAAUUAGAGAAAGAAAGAACAGUGGGGAAAAUCCAGCCAAAGAGUAUGGAAUGGCUGAGCUGAGCAGAGAUGACCGGAAGAUGAGAGACAGUCUAGAUAAAAACAAACACAGAAGUGAUGAUCGAGAAAGAAGACAUCAGGAAAGACGGGCAAAAGAGGGGACAAAACGAGAGAAUGAAGAUCACAAGGAUCAAGACCAAAGACACAGAAAGCACAGGGAGGAUUUGAAUAGCCAAGAUAUACAGCAAGAAAGGAGACGGAGUGACUGGAAUCACAGUGAGAACUCUGAGAGGGAGAAGAGGCAUCACCGCAGACGAGAAAAGGGCACACAUGGCGACAUGGAACUGAGGUCUACAGGGGACUCGGUGGAAUAUAGGGACAGAGUGAAAGAGACAUCUUCUAAGGAGCGGUCUUCCCAGAAUGAGGAGCAACAACACAGGGAAAAGAGAGAAAACAGGGCACAAGCAAAUGAAAGAAAAAAGAAUGCUAGCCAGGAAAACAGUGCUUCUCAAAGCCGCUCCAAGAAACCGCUGACAAAGCAGGAAAGUGAUGAGCAGGAAAUUGAGGAGACUAUAUAUAACACAGAUGCAGCUUAUGAGCAGUCCACAAACUACGAAGAGGAUUUUGAAGAUUAUGAUGAUGAUUUUGAAGAGGAAAGUGAAGAGGACAGGAGCGUAAAAACACAGGAACCUAAAGCCAUUCCUGUGAAUGCAGAGAUACAGGAAAUCCAGAAGGCCAUGCUCUUGGAGAAUGAAAACAUAGCUUCAGCAUCGACUGUACACAGAUCCAAACCUCAUGAUAAUCAUGGACCAAAGCGAACAGAGCAAAAUGACACCCCUAGGAAGGGGACUCACAGAGGUGUAUUGAUAGAUUUUGGAUCUGCAAAACAACGACAAGUUAACAGCCAAGUGACCAGCAAGCAGAAAAAGCGCAGUUUGGAAAUUCUUCGGCUCAUUGACUUAGAUUUUUCCUCCACUUUUUCCUUGUUGGAUCUGGCUCCUGUGAAAGAGUAUGAGAUGUACAUCCGGAAUUUUGGAAAGACCAACACAAAGCAGGCUUAUAUUCAGUGCAAUGAUGAUGCUGCAGACCGAGAGAUUCAAACUGAAGAAAUAGAUAUUGAAGAAAAAUGGACUCAACAUCCAGGAGAGGGCGCUGCUGUGUGUGGAGGCCACAAAAAUAAUGCAGCAGAGGACAUGGGGCUUAUAGCCAAGGUUGACUCCCAGCGGUUGACAACGUUCCUUCAUUCUGCUAGCCAGGUCAUCACUGUCCUGCUUGAAGAGAAUCGUGCAGAAACCCAGUUUAAUCGCAAAGUUCAGCCUAAAGAACCUUGCAUGUCCAUCAGUGAUGGCUGCUUCUCUCUAAAUACCAACCUGCCAUUUAUACAAGGCCGGACUGUUUACCACCUGCAUUUCUCUGAUGCCCAAAGACACCAGUUACUUACUGUGCAUGGCCAGUGCAAGGACUCUGACACUGCUAUUCUGCGGGAGAAGGUUAUUAUCUGUGUAUGGAAUAUAUGGCAACCAUCCACUCCCCAGAAAAUUCUCAUCUGCGAGUCUGAGGUGAAAUGCUGCUGCUUCAGCCCUAGUAAAGCAUCACUGGUGUUUGCUGGUACAGCAGAUGGCUCGGUGGUAGUUUGGGAUCUACGUGAGGACUUCAGUAUGCAUCAGACCAUGAGGAUAGAGGACACUAACUGGACAUUUAGAUCUGCUACAUUUUCUACAGACGGUGUUUUCACGCAAGUGGGUCACAGUCUCCCAGUAAAAGCCAUAGAACCUGUCCCAAGUACAGAGGCAAAGGAUCAUGAGAUGUCUUCUCUGAGCUCUCGUGAAGAAAUGUCAGGUUUGUCAUUUCAAGUGGCAUCACUAGAUGAAAGUGGUCAUCUUAUUUUUUGGGUAGUGGUAGAACUGAGAAAGGCUGAUCUAGCUGGCUCCCAAAGUGACUUGGGCUUAAUCCCAGGGGGUAAAGUGAAGUUGGUACAUAGUUCUUCCAUACAUCUAAGUGACAGGUUUUUCCACAAAGAUGUCCUAAGUCUCGGAAUCCCUCAAACCUUCAAUAUUAAAUUUCUCCCACAGGACUUAAAUCACUUUGUCAUUGGAACGGAUAUCGGAAUAGUAACUCAUGGAACACGAUACGGGUUAAUAGAGCCACCAAUGCAAUACACAUCUAUGCACAGCAAGCUGAGACCAUCGCAGGUCACUGCCAUUGAUUUUUCACCAUUUGGAGAACCUGCAUUUUUGGCAGGAUGCUCGGAUGGCUGUUUACGAUUACACAUCAUAAGUGCGGAGUACCCAGCAAUGCAGUGGAAUGACAGCACCAAUGGCCAGUCCAUUACUGCAUUACAAUGGUCCUUGACAAGACCAACUGUGUUCUUUGUUUUGGAUUCAGCGUCUUCUAUCUACAUAUGGGAUUUGUUACAGAAUGAUUUAAAGCCAGUGGCCAUAGAAUCCAUUAUCCCUGACCAAGUGCUGAGUAUGUCGGUUUUUGGUGAACCAGAAAAGAACAAUAAUCUACUGGGACUGGCUUUAGCCAAAUCUUCAGGGAAAGUGGAGAUCCAAUAUAUUAAGAAGCAAUUGGCCAAGAUUCAGCCAAAAGAAUUAGAGAAAUUGCAUCUACUUCUACAUGAAAUUUUAUAAUGAUCCAAAAUGUUGGUGCCAGCGACAUACAAUAAUAAAUAUCCUUUAUUAUUUGUUUAACUUGUAUAAAAUGACAAAUAUAUUUGUAUUCUCCAAUCUAGUGAAUAAUUUAUUGCACAUAUUUUCAUAUCUAUUUUUGUACUGAAUCUUCUUUGUAUUGACAAGUACAUUAUUGAAUGGUUGUCUGCACUUAGUCCCCGCACAGACAUUGCAAAGUCACAUAUGCCCUUUACAAUGGGUUGGGUAUGUGUGUCACCAUACCGACGCUGGGAUCCUGGUUUUUAAAUGCUUGGCGGGGGAGGGGUGUGUGUGAGCGCAACAAAGCCCCUUUGCGGGCUCGCUGCGUUCUCCAAGCUGUGGGCUCGGUCUGGGCUGCCCUCGCCACAGGGUGUUGUGCACACCCAUGAGUGGGGAUAGUCCCUGUUAGUCGGCAUGCCCACUGUCAGGACUGUAAGGCGGAGGGAUUCUGGCGGCAGUAUUGUGACUGGCGGUCUCCUGACCACCGGUCACAUAACUACCUCCCAUUUACAAUUCGUCCCCAUCUGGCUACAAGGACAAGAUCUCAGAUUGAGCAGUUCCUAGGGAAAAUUGCAUGGUUCAACAUUAAGGAGGGGAAUUCAAUUCAGGGACCGCGGGUAAUUUUUGGUGCCCUGGGCUAUUCAGUUAUCUCUGAUAAACCGGCGAGAGUUGAGGUUUAUCAGGGAUUAUGAUUCUCCUGCCUCAGACAGGAGAAACAAAUCCCCGAAAACAGCACCUUUUUUGGUCGAAAAUGGAGCUGUUUUUUCCGAAAACACACAGGUUUCAUUGAACCUGUGUGUUUUUGGGAGAGAUUGUAUUUUUUCCAGGGGGCCACAUUGGAUAGCCCCCCCCAAAAAAAUACAGGAUAAACAUCAGAAAACUUUUGAAAAUCUUUCAUUUUUUCGCUCCCGUGUCUAUUAUCUCCUAAUUCAGCCCCCCCCCUUCCCUCCUAAAAUGGAACAAGGAAUUUUUAUUGUUUAGGAUUAAUUGCCUAAAGACUAUACAGUAUUUA